AUGUCAGCACAAACUAUCGAACGUUACGAGCAGGUACCUGUUACCAAGGAAGACCUCGACUGGGCCGAACUCAUCACUCUUGACUUAAGUUUAUAUGAGCAACCGGGGGGCAAGGAAGAAUUGGUGAGGCAGCUUGAUCAUGCAGUUCGAAAUGUUGGCUUCUUCUACGUCAAGAACUUCAACAUUUCGCAGGAGGAAGUUGACAGGCAGUUCGCUCUUGGGCGAGAGUUCUAUGCCCUUCCCUUAGAGGAGAAGCUCAAGUACCACAACCAGGCAGACCUAGAGAACGGCGAGUACAAUGGCUACAGACCAGCAGGCCACCGAGUUCUCGGAAAUGGCAUUAGGGACAAUGUCCAAGUGUACAAUAUCCCGAAAUUCGAUGGCUUCCACGCGCGCAAGCAGCCGGCCAUCCUACAAGACAACAUCAAGGAGAUCGAAGCUUUCUCCAGGAAAUGCCACUCCGAAGUAGUCGUCAAGCUCCUGCGCCUCUUCGCCAUCCUGCUCGAGCUGCCGGACGAGGACCAGCUCGUGCGCGACCACGUGUACGACGCGCGCGGCGAGGACCACCUGCGGUACAUGCACUACGCGGCGCGCAGCCCCGAGGAGAACAAGCUGGUCGGCGACCUGUACGGGGUCGGGCACACGGACCUAGGCACCGUGACCCUGCUCUUCCGACAACCCGUAUGCGCGCUGCAGAUCCUGAACGCGCAGGGCCAGUGGAAGUGGGUCAAGCCGCAAGACGGCACCAUCACGAUCAACACGUGCGACGCGCUGACCGCCCUAACGGGGGGGCUCAUCAAGUCCAGCGUGCACCGCGUGCACGCGCCGCCCGCGGACCAGGCGCACGUCGACCGUCUGGGUGUGCUGUACUUCGCGAGGCCGAAUAAUCAUGUGGUAUUGGACCCGAUCAAGAACAGUCCGCUGCUGAACCGGCUGGGAUUGACGACGAACGUGUUCACGGAGCUGGGCCAGCAUCUGACGACGGAGCAGUGGGUCAAGGCGCGGCAGACGCAGCAGCAGCGGCCGCGCGUCGAGGCGAAGAUCUCGGACGAUGGGAAGUAUACUUACGAGAAGAAGGAUUUGGAGAUCUUGCCUGGGCUGCAUGCUGCUAUUCAUAAUUGA